UUGUUUGGAGGCAAGAAAAAAAAUACAAAGCCACGGUGGCGAAAAACAGAGCAACGUCAACAAUAAACCAACUAAGAUGUAUCAGAUCACAGAUUUUCAAAAGAUUGGUGUUGGGCUAGCUGGAUUUGGAAUUGCCUUUCUAUUUCUAGGAAUUAUGUUUUUCUUUGACAGAGGAUUACUUGCCAUUGGAAAUAUUUUAUUUAUAGUUGGACUUUCUUUUGUGAUAGGAAUGGAAAGAACUGUGCGAUUUUUCUUUCAAAAACAUAAAAUAAAAGCUACAAGUUUUUUUAUUGGAGGAAUAUUUGUUGUAUUAUUAGGAUUCCCAGUCAUUGGGAUGUGUGUAGAAUUAUAUGGAUUUUUCCUAUUAUUUAGUGGAUUCUUCCCAGUAGUGAUUAACUUUUUAAGAAGGGUACCAGUUAUAGGAACAAUUUUAAAUUUACCUUAUAUUCGACAGGUUGCAGACAAACUUGGAGAGUCCAAUUCAAUGAGGGAUGCAGAACCUUAACCAAUGUGUUGCUUUCAACCUGUCGGGAUUUUUGCAAUAAAUACAUUUUUAAAAUA